AUGCAUGGGAUUUCUCAGCAAUCCGUCAGCAAAAUCGCUCUUAAUGUUGGGAAAGCAUUAGCUAAAAAAGCUCAUUUAUUCAUCAACAUGCCCACUACACUAGAAGAUCAAGAGGAAACCAUCAGAGGAUUUAGAAGUAUAUGUAACUUCCCCUCGGUGAUAGGGGCUAUAGAAUGCACGCAUAUACGUGUCAAAAGGGUAGGUGGCGAUAUAAGUGAAGCCUAUGUGAACAGAAAGGGUUACUAUUCUAUCAACCUGCAAGUUGUCUGUGAUUCAAACUUGAAAAUAAGAGACAUAGUUGCACGUUGGAGAGGAAGUGCUCACGACUCUUGUGUUUUCAACGAAAGCACAAUAAAAGAACGCUUUGAACUUGGUGAUUUUCAUGGAAGAUUACUUGGAGAUAGUGGAUAUGCACGUACUGCAUAUCUCUUUACACCUUUGCUUAAUCCUAGUAAUGACACAGAGGAAGCUUACAACAGAGCUCACAUUAAAACAGGGAAUACAGUUUAG